UUAUGUUUUUUUUGUGUGUAAUGGAGAGAAGAAGCAUUACCGGAAAAAACUGAGUAAUGGAGAAGGAUGACGACGAAUUAACGCAUUAAGAAAGAAAAAAGAUUUAAGUAGAGUAGAGGAGAUUUGAUAGGAAGAGAAGAGAGAGUAGAGAGAGUAGAGAGAGGAGAGUAGCUCCCCAACUCCAAUUUCAAUACACUGGGCUCCACUCACUCAUAUCCCCUCAAUUCUUGCUUCUUCUUCUUCUUCUUCUUGCUUCUUAUCACUGACACUGCCUUGCCUUUUCUUCCUCCAUUGCCGCCGACUCACAUUGAAACUCCUACACAGUCCCCUUCCUCCUUCGCACCUUUCCUCUUUGUUUUUUGCCUCUGUCUCACUCUCCUCUUCCAAAAACAAGUAAACCCUCUCAGCUCCACGCUUAUUAACACUUCUCGUCUUAAUUCUGUGAGCUCUGUUUUCCAGAAAAAUAAAAAAUUAAGCCUUUGUUGCAUAAUCUUUCUGGGUUUUUGUUUAGCUUGAGCUCCUUCCAUUUGGGUACCCUUUAAAAGAGUAAAGUUUCUACCUUUUUGGUGCUUGCUCUCUCUCCCUCUCUCUCACAAAAACCCUAAUUUCAUAUCCUUAUCCAAUUCCAUGUUUUGCUCUGCUCCACUUGCAUUUUCUGCUUCUGUAUUCUCGUUUUCUUUCGUAUAAUCAAGCCGAUUGUGUUGGAAUUCGUAUCCUAAGUAUAAAGUUCUGAUCUUGUCCCCUUCGUAUAGCAAAUGGACGAUAAUGGAUCUGCUCAUAGCUCUAUGUUUGGUGAUCUAUCAACAGAAGAGGUCACAAGCAAGAUCAUUCUCACAGCUAUCAUUGUUCUAUUCAUAGCGGUUCUCUUCGUCCUUAUCCUCCAUCUUUACGCCAAACUCUACUGGUGGAGAAUAGAUCAGCUUCAGCAACAACAGCAGCAACAACAACAACAAGAGCAAGAACAAGAAGAAGACCAAACAUCCUCCACUGCUCCGCCUCUAAUCACUCGCCGCCAAAGACGCCGUUUCAUCUUUGUACCAGGCCAAGAUGCUCAAUCCAACACUGGACUUUCCGCUUUUGAACUCAGUUCCUUACCAAUUGUCUUUUUCAGACAAGAUAGUUGCAAAGAUGGUUUGGAAUGCUCUAUUUGCUUGUCUGAGCUUGUCAAAGGAGACAAAGCAAGGCUGCUUCCAAAGUGUAAUCACAGCUUCCAUGUUGAGUGUAUUGAUAUGUGGUUUCAGUCUCACUCUACUUGUCCCAUUUGUAGAAACACGGUUCUUGGUCCUGAGCAACCUAGCUCAAAGAGAGUAGAACAAGCUCCGGACAAUGCAGAUCAUGCUGACAACCAUGAUGCUUUGUCUCAAAUUUCAACUUCUUCUCCGGAAUUCCCCACCAAUGUCUUGGUAUGGGGUCGCCAAGAUCAGGUUAGUACCGGAAACACCAAUGUUGGGCCCCAAGAAGACGGUGCUGGUAAUGCUGCCUCUCAGAGCCAAGAAGCUGUUGUUAUGGAUAUCAAUGAUUCUUCCAUUAGAAGUCAGAAUGCAUCAUCUUCGUCUUCAUCAGUGAGGUAUAUUGUUGAGGAGGAAGAACCAAAAUCUCCAAUGACAACAAGGUUGAGGUCCCUAAGGAGGUUUCUAAGCAGAGACAAGAGAGUGGCUUGUAGCAAUAGUAGCACUAGUAGCAGCAGCUCCAAUGCUGUUACUUCUGUUGAUCCUUGAAGAUUGUUAAUUUGUUAUUAUUUAGCUGAAGUAAGAUUGCCUAAAGAUGUCAAACUGUGUAUUGGUCUCGGCUCUUUAUUGGCUGUGUUUGAGAGCUUUUCUUUGUAAUCCAAGUAAAUCAUUUAUCUAUUCCCCGGGAAAUUGAAUUUUAAAGCUUCUGUUUACCCA